GAGGUGCUGGAGUCAGACGUGCCAAGUGCCGUGACACUCUUGAAAAAUCUCCAGGAACAGGAGCAGAUAUUUGGAUGCUCCCAAAUACCCUAAAGGUAAAAUAAUUUAACAAAACCCUUUUCAGUCAAAGUAAUCGAUUUCUGUACCCAAAGAAAUACAUAAAACUUCAAAAAGAAGCCAUCACAGUCAGUUCCUUUUAUUAUUAAAGGUGGUGGCUGUAACUGCACAAGUACAAGCACUGACCAAAAAAGUUCGAGCUGGAGCUUAUCCUACAGAGAAGGGUCUCAGCUUCUUGGAAGUGAAAGAUCAGCUGCUGCUUAUGUACCUUAUGGAUUUGAGCCACCUCAUCCUGGACAAAGCCUCAGGAGGAUCUCUUCAGGGACAUGCUGCAGUUUUGAGACUAGUAGAAAUUCGCACGGUAUUGGAAAAGCUCCGUCCUUUGGACCAAAAACUGAAGUAUCAAAUUGACAAACUGGUUAAGACUGCAGUGACAGGCAGUCUCAGUGAAAAUGACCCACUUCGCUUUAAGCCUCAUCCCAGCAAUAUGAUAAGCAAGUUGAGCUCUGAGGAUGAAGAGGAAGAUGAAACAGAGGAUGGCCAGUCUGAGGCUUCAGGAAAGAAAGCUACAAAAGGAGUAUCCAAGAAAUACGUACCACCGCGCUUGGUUCCAGUUCAUUAUGAUGAAACAGAAGCUGAGCGGGAGAAAAAGCGUCUGGAACGAGCCAAGAGACGGGCAUUGAGCAGUUCUGUCAUUCGUGAACUUAAGGAGCAGUACUCAGAUGCUCCAGAGGAAAUCCGAGAUGCUCGCCAUCCUCAUGUCACUCGCCAGAGUCAAGAGGACCAACAUAGGAUUAACUAUGAAGAAAGCAUGAUGGUGCGUUUAAGUGUCAGUAAGCGCGAGAGAGGACGGCGAAAACGAGCAAAUGUCAUGAGCUCCCAGCUUCAUUCCCUCACGCACUUCAGUGACAUCAGUGCAUUGACAGGAGGAACUGCUCAUCUUGAUGAGGAUCAGAAUCCUGUUAAGAAGCGAAAGAAGAUACCCAAGAAAGGUCGGAAGAAAAAAGGUUUUCGGAGGCGGCGGUGAUUAUGGGUGUACAUGUUUUAUGUAUUUUGUCAUCCUGAGAUACGUCUAUUUUCACUGUAUGUAGGUCUUUUCCUUGGAAUUCAUUGUUUGCUUUGGACAUGUGGAAAGAUCUUUAAUAAAAUUGAUUUUACACCUGAAUUAAAGCCCCUUUUGC